UCGGGCGGGCGUAACUGCGAACUUUUGUUUGGCGUCCGCCGCCACUUCGCUUCCGCCGCCGGGACGGAGGCGCCGGCCGGGCUGGGCCGGGCUGGGGCCAGGGGGGCAGAGCAGAACCGUCGGGCCGCCCGGCUUUCCCCGCUCAGGGCUUAACGAAGCCCCCGGAGCCAGCAGGACCGAGCCGCGGGGCAUGCGGGGCCGCCGAGCCGGGCUGUGAGCCGCCCAAGCCCCGCGCCGUGCAGCGCCGGGGUGUCCCGUCGGAGCCAUGGAUCCCGGGCAGCCCUCAGCGCAACAGCCCCAGCAGCAGCAGCCGCCGGCGGCGGCGCAGCCCCCGGCCUCGCAGCAGGCUCCUCCGCAGCCCCCCGGAGCCGUGGUGGUGGCGGCGGCGGGGGGGACCCCGGGCGGCGGGGCUCAGCCCCCCGGGGGGGGUCCCCCGCCGGCGGGCCACCAGAUCGUCCAUGUGCGGGGCGACUCGGAGACCGACCUGGAGGCGCUCUUCAACGCCGUCAUGAACCCCAAGGGGGCCAACGUGCCGCACACGCUGCCCAUGCGGCUGAGGAAGCUGCCCGACUCCUUCUUCAAGCCGCCCGAGCCCAAAGCCCACUCCCGGCAGGCCAGCACUGAUGCAGGGACAGCAGGAGCCCUGACCCCUCAGCAUGUCCGAGCUCAUUCUUCGCCAGCAUCGCUGCAGCUGGGAGCCGUUUCUCCAGGGACGCUUACACCCUCUGGAGUAGUGACUGGACCUGGAGCUCCGUCUUCUCAACAUCUCCGCCAGUCUUCCUUUGAGAUCCCUGAUGAUGUACCUUUGCCACCAGGUUGGGAGAUGGCAAAGACGCCAUCUGGACAGAGAUACUUCCUUAAUCAUAUUGAUCAAACAACAACAUGGCAAGAUCCGAGGAAGGCCAUGCUUUCCCAGAUGAACGUCACAGCUCCCACCAGUCCUCCCGUGCAACAGAACUUAAUGAACUCAGCAUCAGGCCCACUCCCCGAUGGAUGGGAACAAGCUAUGACCCAGGAUGGAGAAAUUUACUACAUAAACCAUAAGAACAAGACAACAUCUUGGCUAGACCCAAGGCUUGACCCACGCUUUGCCAUGAAUCAGCGAAUCAGCCAAAGUGCUCCAGUGAAACAGCCACCCCCUCUGGCUCCUCAGAGUCCCCAAGGUGGUGUGAUGGGUGGGAGUAGCUCCAAUCAGCAGCAACAGAUGAGACUUCAGCAGCUACAGAUGGAGAAGGAAAGGCUGAGACUGAAGCAUCAAGAACUGCUUCGGCAGGUGAGGCCACAGGCAUUGCGGAAUAUCAAUCCCAGCACAGCAAAUUCUCCAAAACAUCAGGAAUUGGCUCUCCGUAGCCAGCUUCCAACAAUGGAACAAGAUGGUGGAUCUCAAAAUCCCGUAUCAUCUCCUGGAAUGUCUCAGGAACUGAGAACAAUGACUACAAAUAGUUCUGAUCCCUUUCUUAACAGUGGAACAUAUCACUCCAGAGAUGAAAGCACAGAUAGCGGACUUAGCAUGAGCAGUUACAGUGUACCCAGAACCCCCGAUGACUUCCUGAACAGUGUUGAUGAGAUGGAUACAGGUGACAGUAUCAGCCAAAGUAACAUACCGUCCCAUCAGAACCGUUUCCCAGACUACCUUGAAGCCAUUCCAGGGACAAAUGUGGACCUUGGGACACUGGAAGGAGAUGGAAUGAAUAUAGAAGGAGAAGAACUGAUGCCAAGUCUGCAAGAGGCUUUGAGCUCUGACAUCCUUAAUGACAUGGAAUCUGUCUUGGCAGCCACCAAGCUAGAUAAAGAGAGUUUUCUUACUUGGUUAUAGGGGCCUCAGGGAGACUGAAUUCUAAAUCUGUGAAGGAUCUAAGGAGAAUAGGACACCUGUAUCUGAAGUUCAGAACAAGCCAGUGUGGCACACUUUGGCUUGUGUUCAGAAAAAGUAAAUGAACAAAUACUCAACAAGAUUCUUUCAUUUUGCUCUUCCUUGUCCAUCGCUGCUGUUAUAUAUUGCUGACUUUUUUCCACAGUUGACUCUGAAGAACAGACAUCUUCUUGAUCUUUUUCUAUUGCUGUUGCAACUACUGUUGGGGUGGGGGGGAGAUGAUGAGCCUAUUUGGAUGACGAAUGCCAUUCCUUUUGUCCUAGUGUGCGCUUGCAUAUCAUUUUAUCUAAGUACGCAGAUUUGAGAGUUAAUUUCUGCAUGACACUGCUUGUAGUUUGCUCAGCUAGUUGUCUCCUGCUGCCUGUGGCAAGUGGUAAAACGUGACAUACUGGGGUGACAAGCCAAAAAUGAUGUAUCUGGUCAAAAGAAGUCAAUACUGAUUUGGAGAUACGACUUAAAGGAGGGCUGAAGACUUUGGCAUUAAGAGUUUCUACCAAUAGCUCUUUCAUUAGCCACAAAGUGCUCUUGUUCAUAUUUUGUUAUAGUAAAUCAUGAGUCAUUUUACAUAGAAACAUAUAUGAACUUUGAUUGUUGCCACUUAUUCUAGCCUAACUCUUGUUUGUCAAAAAUAGUUUGAUUAUUUUUGUUAGUUGGUUUAACUGUAGCUGUAGGAUGGGAAGUAAUUCUAGGUGUUUUUUUUUUAAAUAGUGAAAUCUUAAGUUUUUUUUUCUGAUUUCACAUAGUCUUAUUUAAAUCUGAAUUGUCUGCUUUUUUUAUACCUAAAACAUGCCUAUUGUAGCCUGAUAAGCUAGUGAGUACAUAAAACAGUAUGUUUUCCCUGUAACUUUUUUUUUAAAGUCUAGCUUUGAAUGUAAUCAUUAGAAUUCAUGACCAGUGGCUUAUUUUUCAUGUUUCUUUGCAAGAUUUUAAAUUAGAAUCUAAGUGUGGUAUAUAUAAUUUUAAAAUGUAUUUUAAAGUAGCAGAAACCAUUUUAAAAUGACAGAUGCAUCUUAUCUCUCUUCUGGUUUUCAGUUUUGAUAUCUAAGUGAGUUUAGAAUCCUUAUGGGGGUGAAAAAAAAAACACCUUUAUGAAAAGUUUCUCUUAAGUUAGCAUGGAAAAAUAGUCUGAACUAUUAAUGUCACUCUUAAGUUGCAAUGAAAAGGCUAGAACACCAAAAAAAAAAAUCCUCAAUUAAAAACUCCUAAGUGUAAUAGUUGUCAAAUUCCGUUUGGUGAAAAAUAAGCCCUGGACACUAUGUAGAAGACUGUAAAGAUACGUGUUAGAUGGUGACAUGAGCAAGUAAUGAAGUGUAUAUUAGUAGUAGAGCUUAGCAUGGGGUAGAGGUGAAUAUGAGUUAUCUUUAUUUUAACAGGAAAAGAUGUAUCACUAAGUUGUCUGCAGGAGUUGACAGUUUCCAAAGAGUAUUUUUAAAUGAACAAAAUGAGCAUGAAUCAAACUUUCAGUAUAAGCUAUGACGUUUUGUGGGGGGUUGUUUUCUUCUGAUGAAAAAUAGUGUCACCAGUUAGCACCUCUAUAACUAAGGGCCUGUCACCAUUCUCAACGUGAGCCUUUAUUUUCAAGGGUGUGUAACACAACUUUAACAAUACUGUAAGCAUGAAACUUGGUUUUCAAAAAAAUCUCAUCUAGCAGGGACUUCUCCCAGGGGGAGAUUUUUUGGUGUGUUUUGUUGUUGUUUUGUUUUUUGUUUCAUUUUUGUUUGGUUUUGGUUUAUUUUUGUUUUGUUUUUUCUUUUCUUUUUUUUUCUUUUUUUUACAAUUUUUUUUCAUGUUAGGAAUGGAUCAGCAAAAAAAAAUCAUUGCCAUUACUUGGAUUUUUAUGCUUCAGAAAUUGUUCCAUUAGGAUAAAUUUAAAGAAUGAAAACUGAAAAAGUCUCAUCUUAAAAACUGAAGCAGCAGAGGCAGAGAUCUGAAUUUUGCCACUAUAAAUGUACUUCUAGUACUUUACAUAAGGAUAUUACUAUUUGAAAUACGCAAAAUUGUGGCUUGCUAUGGAAUACAGGCAGGUUUUAAAAUAGCAAUGUUCAAAACACUUCCACAAUGACGAGUAUAUUCUGCUACGUUCAGCAAUUAAUAGGCCACUUAUAUAUUGUGCAAUGACACGGUAGCUCCUGAAGCAGUAUAUUGUGUCCAAGAUAGGGAUUUUAGUAGCAUUUUUUACAAUUUCAUUACGAAUUCUUCUCUCUUGUUCCCUUCAGGAAAAAAUGACACUAAGCUGUUAUAACUUGAAUGGUAUGACUUAAAACCACAACAGCAAGGAAAUUCAGCAUUGUUUCCAUUUCAGUUGUCUUCCACAGUUGUAUCCAGGUAUGAUAGCACAUACAGUGCACUGAGUGCAGACUCCUGACAUGCUGUACCUUGGUACAACAGGGCUGUGUACAGAACAGGUUUUCUUUCCUUGCUUUUGUGUGUUUGUUGCAGCUUUAAUAUUUGAAUGUUUUCUUCUCAUUGUAAAAACACUAAAUGGCUUAUACUGUAUUCGGGUAGCACUGCUUAGGGUAGAUACUGACAAACUGGGAAUCCUUGAACUGCUCUAACAUUAAUUCUGUUUUGUGAUACUUAUUUUAAUUGAUUUUAAUACAUUUCCGUUCUCUCAUUUAUUAGGAAACAUACCAUAGACGUGCUGUACUGUUGGCAAUCAACACUAAUUUGGAUUUUUUUAUUCUGCAAAUGCAUUGUUUGAUGAAGUGGUUAAAAUUGUUCGAAAUGCGAAAGUGUUUUGGGUAGUAUUUUAUACUGAUGUAUAUAUUGAAACAAAUCAUUGUAAUAAUUGUAAUAGCUUUUAGUUUUAAAUACACUACAUGCAGACAGAUGGGGCUGUGCAGUACUGGGCUGUUCAACACCCGGGCAGGGCUCCUGCUUGGGAACAGGUUGCAGUGUCAGUAAAACACAUGGAUCAAAUAUUGUACCAUUCAGUGUUGGCGCUCACCAAUGCAAAAGGCGAAGAGACGAUUUCAACAUGAUUAACACUACGUAGCUCUCACACAUCUGGUAAAUCAGUACUAAAGUGACCUUUUCACUUACAAGCAUGUUUUUUAUACAAAUUAACAAGUGUGCCUGUGUAAAAUAAUUUGUUUUCUGUAUCUUGGAAAAAAUACUCUACACAUUUAGAAUGUUGUAUGUUAGAGAACUCUUAAAUGCACCCUUGUCAAAAAUUACAUAUAUUAGUUACCCAUGUUACUUUUUAGAUAUGAGCAUGACUGUAAGUUAGGUACCUAAGUACGUUCUGUUACAUUAUUUUUCUUUAUGUAAUACUUUUUUCAGUUGUUUUAUUUGGUAUAAAUAUAUACUUUGUGC